GCUUUGGCAAUGAAAACAUACGUUUCCCAUGCCAAUAAAGCCCUUAAAUUGAAAUUGAAUUGAAAGGCCCAACUUGGCGGAAAGUCUGCCACCCUCCAGCAGGUAGUUGUUUUUCGUUGAUCCGCAAUGAUUUUUUGUAUGGAGGCCAUGAAUGGGAGUUUCGAAUUUGGUCAAUAAAAAAUGUAUGUCUUAUUGGCUACGUGAGGAUUAUUUAAUCGAAUUUAUUUUCGUAAUGCUUAAAGUUGUUAGUGGACUGAUAUAGGUUGGACACGUGACAUCCUGGCAACUUUGAGAAAAAACAAUAUCGGAGUUGUCUCGAGAUGGCUAUGGAUAUUCAUGGCAUGAUGCUAGUAGCAUAGCGUCUCUCUCCAUUGAAUACAGGCGGUUUCAAAAAAGGAUAGGAAUAAUGACAUAUCCACCAAUCCUACAAAUAGGCGGGAGCUAGACAUCCCGUCGUUCCUCUUUGUGGAAAUCUACUCCCAUUGUUAGGGCGAAGAGACAUGUAUCUUGUCAGUAUAUCCAUCAUAUUUGGUUUGAGCAAUACUUUCAGUUCCGCCAUUGAUGGAGUGUCUGAAGAAAACUAGUUUGUCACGUUUUGUUCUUAAGAAAUACUCGACGUCUGUAUUUCCACAGUUUAAUUUGGUGUCGUGUUAAAACAGACUGUUGUUACAUCUACAUUAUUGGAUUUGCAAAUACUGUACGCAGAACUUGUCAAUUCUCCUCUGUCGUUAGCAGCUCCGUGUAGCUACCUCUAUCGUGACAGUGCCAGUCACGCAAARUUAGCGAGCGUGCCGUGCACGGGUGCGUGGAUCCAAUAUUCUCCUGGUUCCCAACCCAAUAGCUCAGCACUGCCAGCAGCGCGUGGUUGAAGAUUUGGAUAACGACUCAUGGUCUGCGCAAUUUGAGUUUGAAUAAUCAUAAGAACCACUGCUCUGCUACCUCGAAUACGCCCACCACCAAGACUAGUCCUGGUACAACUGUAUCGGUGAACGGGGGCACGGGAAACGUGAUUCAGGACGGAGUACCCGACGGUGGCACGAGCAGCAGUGAGGCGAGAAUGCAAGGGACGAUUAAUCCGAAAGGCGAUAAUAAAAUAGAACAGCUAUCCGAUUUAUUGGAAGAAAAUAUCAACCAGCAUCCUACGGGGAAGGGCAGUAGUGGUGCCGGGAUUGUGGGUGGCACUGCAUUCGGUAGCUGGAGAGGAAGAGAGAGAGAAUACGAAUUUGGGAACAGACGGAGGGGAGACAACCGAGCGAGCACUUUCGGUUUUAACCGCAGUUUAUUGAGUAUUAGCUGCAACUCUACGGUGCACGAAACUGGAUGCCGUAGAGUUGGUUACACGGACACGCCUUGGAAAACCAGGAACUACGCUGCAGGGAUUUUGGGGCUCCAUGAGGAAAUCCAGGACUUCUAUACCUACAUGUCUCCGCGGCCGGAGGAGGAGAAGAUGAGGAGGGAGGUGGUGGAGAGGAUAGAGAGGGUCAUUAAGGACCUUUGGCCCACUGCUGACGUUCAAGUAUUUGGAAGUUUCAGCACGGGUCUCUAUCUACCCACCAGUGACAUUGACCUGGUGGUGUUUGUGAAGUUCAGGGAAGGAGACACCCUCCCUCUGUGGAGGUUAGAAGAGGCGCUGAGGAAACACAAAGUGGUGGAGGAGAAUUCUGUCAAAGUGCUGGACAAGGCCACGGUGCCAAUCAUCAAACUGAUAGACUCUCMCACGGAGGUCAAAGUUGACAUCAGUUUCAACAUGAAGAAUGCUGUCAAAGCUGCUGCCCUCAUCAAAGAUUAUAAAAAGAAAUAUCCUGUGCUUCCGUACCUGGUGCUAGUCCUGAAGCAGUUCUUAUUACAAAGAGACAUGAAUGAAGUGUUUACAGGAGGCAUCAGUUCCUACAGCCUCUUCCUCGUCGCUGUCAGCUUCUUACAGCUCCAUAGCAGGGAGAACGCAUGCAGUCCCAACGCCAACACUGGUGUCCUACUCAUAGAGUUCUUUGAGCUGUACGGCCGCCAUUUUAACUACCUGAAGACGGGGAUCCGGAUCAAGGACGGAGGCUGCUACCUCUCCAAAGACGAMGUCCAGAAGAGCAUGCUGGAUGGAUACAGACCUUCCCUGCUCUACAUUGAAGACCCACUGCAGCCAGGUAAUGAUGUGGGCCGUAGCUCAUACGGGGCCAUGCAGGUGAAGCAGGUGUUUGACUAUGCCUUCAUGGUGCUGAGCCACGCUGUGUCGCCCAUCGCUAAGUACCACUUCAACAACCACGGCGAGAGUAUACUGGGCAGAAUCAUCCGGGUGACUCAGGAAGUUGCUGAAUACAGAGACUGGAUCACCAUGAAGUGGGCUGCCCUAUCACUGAACUCCCUGGCCUUAAAAGGUAAUGUCACGUUGCUGGUGGAGGUUCAGGAGAUGGAGGAAUGCAUCAACAAUCUCUCUGAGGAAGGGGCAGAGUCCCCCAGCUCCUCCUCUCCUCCCCCCUCUUUGUCAUUCUCCUCGCCACAUUCUUCUUCAGCUAGCUCCAGUGACGCUGAUUCGGACGGAAUCCGCUGUAAACCGGUGACUACGACGCGGGGUAGGCGAGGCUCAUCUGCACCCAGUGCUGGAUUGACCAAUCACAGGGAUACAAGUUUCUCUUCCAGCAGCUGCGUAAGCCAGUCGAACAAGAGCACGGUGGACAAAGCGAGUUUGACGUCUUGUCAGAACAGCCAUGCCAACAAACAGCCAAGCACAGGAACAGGACAGUCAUCAGGCAGCAACAGCAGGAGCCACCGAGACAGAAAGCAGAGCUGUCCUGGCAGGAGGAGGAAACCCCAGCCAAAGCACCAAUGUAAACCUGCAGUGCAGGACCUCUGUAGAUAGGGGGCGCUAUGUCACGGAACUCAACUCCACUCUCUGCCGCUGAAACGGAAGGAUCGAGGCAAUCUUACCAGGGCUUUUGGUAGUGAUAUUUUUUAAGCCAAGUUGGAAGGAGAUUUCUCCUAUUUCUGUCAGUUGAAAGGGCAGAUUGACGCCAUCCACGUCUUGAGGGCAUAGUCUUUCUGUAAUAUGAAUAUGGAGGAAGGUUGUCAAGCCUGAACUUUAGCAUUGGCAGUACACCCUGGUGCAUUGGACUAGCAGUUAGUUGGGUCUCUAUUACUUACUGGCAAUUCAACUUUACAGCAGAAAUUACAAGGAAAAAUUUAUGGUUAAACUGGAUAUUAUUACUAUAUUGGGUAAAAUGUUUGCACUAACAAAACGAGUCAUUGAACAUUUAAGCUUUUCAGCAACUCAUCUCAUUCGUUUGUGAUUUUCAAAAGGCAAAAUGGUGGGGAAAGGAAGAAAAACAUUGCAAUGAUUAGGGAUUGUAUAUAUAUUUUUUUUAUCAAGCUGAAUGAAUAUUGUUUUGCCAUCUCUUGUGGACUGUGCCAAGUGUGGGUUCUAAGUGGCAACUCCAACCAUCAGCAGAAUACAUCCUUGAGUUGCUACAGCCCAAAUGGACCUGUUUCCUUGCAUAAUGGGGAUGAUUUUUGUAAUGAUCUGUAAAAUGGCUAUUUCACAAUACUGUUUAAUCGCGUAAUGGCGAACAGUUUCAUGUUCCUACUGGUAGAAUUAGACAAUAUCUGUAGUUUGCAAACUUCCUAAUAUGAAAAUAUCAGUACUCAACUAUUUUGCCUAUUACAAAGUGAUUUGUA